AUGAUGAAAUUACAGAAAAUGUCAGCUCUGAAAUUGGAGCGUGGGCAUGCUCGUCGUGCUGGCUUAGUGGAGGAAGUCAUGUUGAUCCAGUAUCGUCAGAAAGUGUACGCCAAUUUCGCUAUGUAUGGCGAGCUGAGACAGGGUUUCACUAAGGUGCAGAUAAGUCACGCCUUGAGAAAUAUGUUCUUGAAGUAUCCUAUACUUGCUACAACGGUGAUUCCGGAUCGUUUAAAGGUACCCGAUGAUGCAUAUUAUAGAACAGAUGAGUACUACAAUAAACCCGGGGUGGCCGAAGACUAUAUCAGCGUUCUUGAUAAGAUCAAAUAUGAAGAUGUAAUAAUGAAUUUACAAAGUGAACACAGUUCAUAUGUCAAUAAAAUUUUAAGUCAGUGGGCUCUGGAUGGCUGUAGAUUUAGCGGUAAGCUUUGCACUUUAAUUGAUAGGUACAGGUUUCCAUAUUGGGAUCCAACAAAGCCCCAGUUCAGACUGAUUCUAUUGCCUACAUCUGAAACCAACCACGAGAAAAAACAUGUCCUGUUCGUGUCGAACCAUGUGGUGAGCGAUGGGACAUCAGGUGCCAAUUUUCUACAAGAUCUUUCAACUGAACUUGGUCAACUUAAGGACCCACUUGAAUCCAUUGACACUCUGUUCAAUUACGAGGACGACUAUGAAUCUUUACCAAAGCUUCCGGAUCCAAUUGAGAAGAGAGUUUCUUAUGCGGUUACUAUGAAAUUUAUACCUCCCACAGUCUUACGCCAGUUGGCGAAAAGAUUCCUCGCCAAAAAGUGGGAUGAGCCAAUCACUGUCCCUAUUGAUGAAUCUCCAUCUGCGCAUCUAGCCCAUGUCAUUAGACUCGAUGCAGCCACCAUGCAGAAAUUGAGAAUGAGAGUAAAGGAAAAACUCCAUGGUAAGGCCACAUUGACCCCAUUUUUGCAAACAUGUUGGUUUGUCAGUUGUUAUCAGGCUGGUUUAUUCGAAAACCUGAAAUGGAACGAGUACUUCACCAAUAUUGUGCUUCCACUUAAUAGCAGACAGUUUCUUCCUGAUGAUCCCGAAGUAAGAAACCAAUUCAAAUACGGGACUAACGUUGGUGGCUCUGACUAUUACCAUCUAAUCUCUUCCUUUAACGUAAAAGACAGUAAGCAGUUCUGGGAUUUGACUAACUACUACCAGGAAUGUUACGCAUACGACAGAAAGGAAAAAGCAGGCCUUCAAAGCUUUGGAUUGUUAAUAUCAGAUUUCGUGACGAAGUCCAAAAACAUUGAGAAGUUGUAUGUGGAUGACAUGCAAGGCCAAAAAAGAGGAUUCACUUUAUUCAGUAAUAUUGGUUACUUCCCACAGAAAUCCCAAGAAACGAACCCGUACCAACUACAAGAUAUUGGUUUCACUCAAACUGGGACAGAGAUGCCGUACGUAUUUUGCUUGAACUGUGUUUCUACUGACAUAAACGGUAUGUCCUUCACAGUCACAUGUGCCGAAAAGGCAAUUCCUGAAACUCAAUGGCAUAAGCUAUUGGAAAUAUUUGAAAACAACUUGACUACAUUAUAA